AAAUAUGUUUAAAAUAAUAAGAAGAAUUUCUGCAAAAUCAAAACUAAUAAAACAAAUGAAAAACCCUAUUUCAAAGACUUCAACUGUUACUGUCUUUUUACAACAGCGGUAACAUGAGUUUUCGCGAGAUCCGAGAACAAAUAAUUGCUGAAAAUGUUCCUAAACUGGUCAAGUCAUUGUUGGGAAUAAACGAAACGGAUCCCAAUUUCAAAGUUGGUGUCGAUUACCUACUUUCGAACAUCAUCAACACAAAAUACACGUCGGUGAACAGUCACGAGCUUCGUCGCCAAAUCAACGGUCUGGGCGAACGUUUCGAAAUAUCAAAUUACAAACCGUACGGUGAUCGGCUGAAAGACCUCUGCAAAUCAUUCUGUUCACAUCCAAUCUGCAAGGAUCAUCCAGAAACGGACAUCGAAUGGCGUAUUUUGAGCUUCCUACUGAACACUUCACGAAAUCCUAUCGACGGCGUGACCAAAAAUAAGCAAUUAAUCAACCUCGGCGCAUUGAAAGAAGAUGCCAAUGCAGAAGAAAGCGAUCUUGGUGGUGGUGGAGUCGCCAUGAGAAGUUCUUUUGUUGAGCAGGAAUUUAGUGAUUCUGAAUUGAGUGUGUGGUCAGACGAUGAAGACGAGAAUGCGGAAGAAAAGUCUAACAGCGACUGUCCGACUCAAAGUGACAGUAAUGUGGAUGAGUAUGAUAAGAAAAUAGAUGCCAUGUUCCCAGGCCUGCAGCGACCACAGAAACCCAAUCCAUUCACAUUGAUGGACACGAGAGGGUCGGUGCUGAGGUCUUUCCUUUUCGCCAAAGUACAGCACCAUUGGUGGAACGAUCCGAAUUAUAUCUAUCCAUCGGUGUCCGAUUUUAAGACAGCCAAUUAUUGCCACUUUUGGAAUGACCGUACUGAUAAGCUCAAAAUAUCAACCACAUCGGAGUAUUGCUUGAUCAGGGAGAUUUUGUUCAUGUUUCGUGCACCGACCAAUUGUAAAUUUUUCAGCAUCGUAAACGAUUCAGUGGAAGUAAACGAUCUGGUGUCUCUGAACAGUCUCUCGCUGCCGGUCAUUCAGUCAUUUUUGAAAGAAUUCAGUCAUAUAAUGACUUUGGUGCGUCGAUUGGACACAUUUUGCCGGAGUGUAAAGCGGUUGGAACAGAAAAGCCCGCCACAUACAUACCAGUGUUUCGUCGACGGUAUUGAACAGUGCAUGGGUCCGUUUCUACGUUUCGUUCUUGCCAAAGAAAGACAAGUCAACGAACUGGAUCAACUUGUGCGUCCGGUUACGAUUGUCAAUUUGCAUCACGAAUUGCGCGAACACUUCACAACCAUUGAACAUUUGUACAAAAUCUACCACAAUGUUACGCUAGACUUCAAUCAGUAUCCGAAUCACGUUUGUGCUGCCUACUUGAUUUGUGGAUUAAUGGAUGAAAUACGGUCAUCGAUCACCGCAAGCCAAAACCAUUAUGCCACAACAUUGUUUCUAGUGUCCAUUCAAACGUAUUUGCGCAUUACCGAUAACUGGUGCACUGAAGGUAGAUUGGAGGAUUGGAGGGAUGAGUACUUAGUGAAGAGUGUUACGCGAGACAUCGAUCUGGUCGACGUUUAUGAACUGAGGACUUAUGAUGAACUCGAUCCGUCGCGUAAGUCAGUCAUCACCGAUUGCAGUUUCUUUAAGAUACUUCAAACGUUCGCUGUUGAAGCUGGCUUCACGUUGAGCAUUUUGUACAAAAUGGAUAAAAUUCGUGACGUACGAAAGCUGAUUGGCAGUCAAGACAAUCUUUACAACACAUUCCUUCAAUUGCUGUCCAACAAGCUACCUAAACCUCCAAAAAAAGGCAACGAUCACUUACCGUCGCCGGCUGAAAAAAUCGAAUCAGAGCCGCCGCUGAAACCGCUAGCUUACCCACCUGAACAAAUAGCCAAAUUUCGCAACGAAUUCGCCAAGAAUCCGUUUAUGUUUCUGUUCGAAAAGGAAUUGCGUCAAAUGGAAAAAAGUGGCGACUACGAAACACCCAACCGCUACAUUUACUUCUCAUUGGAGCCGGAAGAUAAUUUAUUCGAACGUCUACGACCGGCUACAUCAUUCAUUUUGCCAUAUUGUCAGUUCUUCCGCGCAAUUCUCACAACUUUACUGAGAGCACGACUUUCUGUCGCAAACAAUUACGUUCUGGAAAUUUACAAAAAUGAACAUCAGCUCGUCCAUCACUUGCACAAUUUACAGAAAAUUUACUUUAUAGAAGCUGGCGAUCUGAUGUCUGAUUUCUAUUCGAACCUGUUUACACAGAUCGAAAGUGGAAAUUCGUGGAACAAUCCAUUCAUCCUAACCGCUCAACUCAACGGCAUAUUGUCGUACAGAAUCUCAAAUUCGUCGUUCCUUUUCAAGGUUCACGUCAAUACGAAAGAAUCGAUAAGAGAUGUUAUUCGAGCAAUCGACGAAAUAUCAUUAAGCUACGUCGGCGAUGAACAUCUUUACAAUAUCAUCAGCGAACCAUGCAUUGAGAAGUACAACAAAGUGUUCCGUUUCCUACUUAAGAUGAAAUGGGGCAUAUGGACACUGGAAAAUCUUCGCUUCCCUGUCCAAUUCAAGAAGAUCGUACUGUACGGCGAACCGAACAUCGUUCGUUCAACGUUCAAGCGUUUGGCAUUGCUACGCAAUUGGUUGAUGUAUUCUCUGCAAUCGCUACUUAGUCAUUUCAUGACCACGGUGCUGCAUUUCCAGAGCCACGAACUGAAUACGAACAUUGAGAGUGCCAAAAAUUUAACCGAAAUCAUCAACACUCAUUCCGCGUACAUCAAUAAAGUGGCUGAAUUGUGCUUCCAAACGAAGAAGAAUGAGAAUAUUUGCCAAGGGAUCACUCAGCUUCUGUCUUUGGUGUCAAUAUUGAAAGAUGAAUGGCUGAAUAUCGAAAGCUCCAAAGAUGAACUGGAUGGGUCAUUUGUUUUGGACGAAAUUUGCUCUCUCGAGAAAACUUACAUCAAUUGCCAUGCAUUUUUAGCCGACACACUUUUGUCGGAAGUAUACACUGCAAACAAUGCUCAAAUGGCUGGUCUGUCUGCUGCAUUCAACUGUUCCAGACCCUAUUAACUUGUUAAUUUAUUAAAAUUUUCAAUUACA